GCUUCAAGAUCCAGUAAACAGCCAUUCCAGCACACAUAACCUCGAGGACAGGCGCAAGUAACAGUUCUGUAUUUUUGGAUUGAAUCGAAAUCCUGUGACAAUGAGAGGUCUCGUGUCACUGACGUUAACACUGACGUUGGCGUGUCUAUUGUCUAUGCCAGACGGAACCCAGUCACUCCGAGCCGUUAAACAACUGCGCCAUGCUGACCGAGCCAAGCUAGACGCGACACAGGAAGCGCCUCACCACCGAGCCAGGCGAGACGGGCCGUCGAUAAUUCCUGAUGGCCGAGCUAAGCGUGAAACGUCAUCUUUCCCGACUACCACAGGAGCCCCAGACAGUUCUGGGGUAGCCUGGGAUCUUCAACGGGUCGUGCGAGAAUUCUUGGUAGACGCCAUCAAACAUGCCGACGCAGCCAAUGACGACGCUAAAAGUUGGACUGAAGCCGUUCUAGAAUUCCUGUUGAAGAAACUUCAUGAAUCUGGGAGCCUGGAAGGGAUUGCCGAGGAUGACAUAAGGAGGGAUCUUAAAAAUCGGUUUGGAGGAGACGACAUGGAAUCACAUCUUAAAAAGAUUGCUGAGCAGAUGGGAAAAUGCGAAGUCAUGUCUCAUCAGCAUCACCUCGAAGCUCAGAAUAAGCAUCACCGUCAACACGACACUGUCGCGCACCACGGAGGAAGCCAUCAUGCACAGACAGUGGGACAUAGUUGGACAACUACACAUGGUGGACUAAGGCACCACAUGGACGGUGAAGCUGAGGUGCAUCAACCUCAACGUAGCCACCGUCACCACGAACAUCAAGCCAUCCGCCAAACACAGGAACACCAUCUAGGGCACCGUCCCGAACACACUAAGGACUUCGAACACAUCACAUCUACUCCUGCUCCUCCACAUCCCCAGCAAGUGCAGCAACCCGGACACAUCGUAUCUACUCCAGCACCUGCACAUCGCCACCAUGGCAACCAGAAGCAGCAUCUCCUCACCGAGGGCACGGCCCAGCAAGAGAGCAGCGAAUCGUUUAUCAAUGACGAUGGUUUUGAAUGGACUCCAGAAUCUGUUAAGUCUCACGUCGACACCCUUCUUCAUAAGAUGGAUCCUCAGCAGAUCGAAGCGUUUAUUGUUUUCUUGGACAACAUCGACGCGGAAGUAGCUAUCAAAAAUGGCGGAAUUGCCAUCAUUCCUUCUGAAGCGAUCAAAGCCCAUAUCAAUAUGGUCUUUGACAAAUUAGAAGUGGCCAAUGAAACACACGUUGAAAGGGUAUUGCAUGUCAUACUUCAUUAUCUUCACGGCUUUGAAUAUACAGAGUUUGGCAAGAUACAAGGCAAUUCCGAAAGCAGUAUUCCUGAAGACGCUACUCUUGAAUUCGCCCGAGGAUAUGCUCUUGACAUGAUCGACAAACUCCUUGCUCGGCAAGGCGAGGAGGGAAUGCAGACAGCACUGGCGGAGAUGGCCCAUUUGCUGAAGAGGUUUGAGCACCAUUUCUCAAUAGACCCUCUCCAUACCAAGCACGAGCGUCAUCGUCAUCAUGGUGAUGGUACAUUGGCAACCGUUGAAUCUGUCACAGCUCUUGUAAACAAAAUAUUUGGAGAACUCGAAAACCACAAAGACAAAUCUGAAACAGAUCAUGAGUUGAAAAUCCUUGCCAAGAUCCUUGAAUCAUUUACUGGUCACCAUGGCCACCAGAGAGAGCACCCUGUACCUGAACUUGACGAUGCAGAUGAAGAUGACGAUGUCACUCUGGAGUCCGUCAGAGAACCUGCCCUGGAACUGGUUCAGACUCUUGGGUCACACAAACAGACCACAGCUCUUGCUGACCUUGCUAACAUGCUGGUAUUGUUUGAGUCAAGAGAGAGCGACACCGAACCAAAUGUCCAUUUCGAAGGCAAAUUCAAGGGGUCCCCGCAUAAUGCGAAUGCAGAACCCGAUGCAGUGAAGAGGCUUGCAGAUGAAAUCAUUGACAGGUAUGUGGCAGAGAACGAUGAAGCCAAACUCACAACUGUUCUCAGAGGAAUCGUGGCCUACCUUCUCGAACUUGAGACUAGAGGUCACCGGGAGCACCACGUGGCCAACCAGCACCCACAGAAUGAUGAGGACGUGGAUGGCAGCGAGGAUGAAGCCGGGAACGGAGCUGCAUCAGAAUUCCCCGUGGAAGACACUGGUGACGAGGCCAAUAUCAACCCCUCUAUGCCUUUCCUCCCGACCAUCGGCAACAGACACCAUGGCACGGCAGCCCUGAACCACAUGGGAUUCGCUGCUGAACCAGAGGAGACUGGCAUCGGAUCUGGAAUUCCUGGGCGCGGCAUUGUGGGCAGCCACAAAACCCCCCGAGCCCCAGCGCACACUAUUGGUUUCCGUGGACUUAAAAAGAGAAGAUAAAAAGGUGAUCAACCUUGGUCGGCGACAUUGGAUCCUGCCACAGUUUCUAUCAAAUAAUCUUACGUUGUACCUGAUUCUGAAAAGUUAAAUCAUGCUGUCGCCGUUUAGUCACCUCUGUUUUAUCAUCUUUCUUCAACGAAAUAUAGCGUCCUUGAUUCAACACUUUAUUGUUUAUGAAUAUUGAUGUAAAAGUACUUGAAUAAAAUCCAGUGUGCAUGUC